AUGGUGAAGCCGUCGAAGAACAUGGGCGGCAAGUCCACGAAGAAGCAGCUGCGCGCGAAGGGCGGCGUCGCGUCGCGAUACACGACUCGCAACGCGGCGCUGAACCGUCUUCAGCUCAAGCUCGCGGACUUCCGUCGUCUGUGCAUCCUGAAGGGCAUCCACCCGAGGGAACCGAAAAAGAAACACAAGGGCCAGGGGAAGACGUACUACCACGUCAAGGACAUCAACUUCCUCGCGCACGAGCCGCUCCUCGACAAGUUCCGCGCGCUGCGCGCGUACGAGCGAAAGAUCAAGAAGGCCAAGGCGCCGUACCACGCGGUGGACCGCCUGGAAGAGCGCAAGCCGCAGUACGGCCUGGACCACCUCGUGAAGGAGCGGUACCCGACGUUCCAGGACGCGCUACGGGACAUGGACGACCCGCUGACGCUCGUGCAGCUGUUCGCGCGUCUCCCCGCGGACAAGAGACACGGGAUCCCGUCCGAGGUUGUGCAGCGGUCGCGAACGCUCGCGCUCGAGUUCGAGUCGUACGUCGUGAAGACGAACGCGCUGCGCAAGUGCUUCAUCUCCGUGAAGGGGAUAUACUACCAGGCGGUCGUGUACGGCGAGGAACUGACGUGGAUGACCCCGCACGCGCUGGCGCAGACGCUGCCGGAGGACGUGGACUACAGAGUCAUGCUGACGUUUUUGGAAUUCUACGUCGCGAUGACGGGCUUCGUGAAUUACAAACUGUACCACGACCGCGGGCUGCGGUACCCGCCGCUUCUGGACUCCAAGCUCGAGGACAACGCGGGCGGGAUCGUCGCGGUGAUCCACACGCUCGAGGACGGCGCGAAGGCGGUCGGGUCCGGGUCGAACGCGAAAGCGUCGGACGACAAGCUCUGCUCGACGCUGUUCAAGGGGAGCGUGUUCUUCAUCCAGCGAGAGUGCCCGAAGGACAUGAUGAUCUUCGUCAUCACGUCCUUCGGCGGCGACGUCGCGUGGGACGGCGAAGGGAGCCCGCACGACGCGUCCGACGGAGGCAUCACGCACGUCGUCGCGGAUCGACCGAUGGACGGGAAGAUGGCGUCCAACCGAGAGUACGUCGUGCCGCAGUGGGUCGUCGACUGCGCGAACUGGCGCGUGCUGAUCCCGACGGAGGAGUACAAACCCGGGACGCCGCCGCCGCCGCACUUAUCGCCGUUCGUGAACUCCGAGGAGGAGGGGUACACGCCGGAUUACGAGAAGACGUUGAGACGGUUGAAGGCGCUCGCGAGGGCGGCGCGCGAGGGGCGGUCGCUCGCGGACGUCAGCGAAGAGGACGGGACGCGGAUGCUGACCGCCGCGGAGGAAGCGGCGGAGGAAGAGCGCGCGUACGCGAAGGAGCUCAGCAAGGAAGUUCGCGGGAUUCCGUACUCGAAAUGGCGAUGCGCGAGAAGGACGUCAUCGUCCGCGACAGGCUGA